AUGCCAAUGUCCGACGUGUACGGCAGCACGAACCUCUUGGGCUCAGGCCUUCUCAACACAAACUUCGGCUUCAACCUUACAGGUCCGCACAUUCCGCCCCCAACGACGUCCAUGGAGCUGAAGGAGCUGCAGGAACUGAAGGAGCCUUCAGUGACACAUCCAUCAGCUGAGGUGUGCUAUGCCGGCAUGCGCCCCUUGGCCUCGCUGGUACCCAUCGACCGAUCGACCCUGCUGCAGGCCAGGCAGGUGGCCGUCCGCAUGGACCAGGGCCCACCCGGCUUGGCCAUGUGGGCACCAACACCGACCACGAAGGCGAACCUCUUGGGUUUCCGCUAUCCUGAGCCAGGAUACAUGUCAGUUGCACCGCGAACGCCGGGAGCAGCAUGA